CACUACUGAUUGAACGGUGAAAAUCUUUUCUAAGAGUCUACAUACCCUUGUCUUUUAUUUCUCUUGGUUAUACUUUUCAUUUGUGUUGUAAUCAAACGUGAUGUCACAAGCACCUACUCAUCUCCAAGGCCUUAUGGAUGAGGAUGCACCACCAACCAUCCACACCUCAUCUCUGACCCCGGAACUAUGCGAAGCCGCUCUCAAUUUGACCAUUGACUUCCAGAGGCAAAAGCAAUCUGUUGCUAACGCUGCGAUCAUGAAACACCCUAUCACGGUGGGCACCAUAGUUUCGAUCAUUGCCGCUGUGUCGUACUGGAAACUGGGCUGGAUCUACAAAAGAGGUGGGUUUGCUCUCAUCAAAGACAGCCUCGAGGAGGUUGUUGGUGUUGUUGUUCUCUGCACCAUGGUGAUCUCCACAUUACUCACCGUGAUAACUAGACCAACUGACGUUAUCAAGCAGAGAGCUGAUCGAAUCGUCGAUGAGUCGAAACCUGUUUUCGGUGUCGAUUUGAAGGAGUUUGCAGCCUCCCGUUCUAAGAAGUUCUCACAAGAAACUGCCUCUAAGGCAGAUAACACCAAAGUUGUCAUCUACAGAGACACGCCAAUUGCUGUCAUCUCACUCAUCGAUAUUCCUGAGAUGACCAAUGAUGAGAAGUUUGUCACAAGAAUCACCGGUGCAGGUGUUCGUAAAGUGUAUUGGAAAUCUGGAAUCAUCGAAGAUCUCAUAGAUUUUGCUGUCUCCAGGUCUGGCCAGUUGAACAACAGUAAGGCACCAAAGAUUCUUGUGCUUUUUGAAGUCCUCAGCACUGAUGCUGAAUUGAAAAAGGUCCUCAUCGCUAAGAAAUUCCAAAAGAUAGAGAGUAGACCUAUCAAUGACAGCAAACUGUUGAAGCUAUUUGGUGUUCACUAUGAGAUCUAUGGAUUACCACUCAACGUUACAAAACUAUCCGAAUUGGAACUAAUCGAUGGUAAAGUUGGAUCUACUGGAUCAAAGAGAAAGACAUGAUCAAAUAUUCUCAGUACAUAUAUAUACAAACAAUUGUACAGUUUCUUUCAUUUUAAUAUAAUGCUCUUAUCAGUUAUGAAUCCUGAGGAAUGGCUGAGC